GUAAAAUAUAACAUCAACACAAACAGAACUCAGUGUGAUUUUUAUAUUUUCAGUAUCGUGACAGCCAGGGCUGAAGCUUUAAACUUUGAAAGGACUGCACAGGUAUAAAGUUAAGUCGCAAUGAACCCUGGGUACCCACCACCGCCCGGGACAGUAACGACGUACACCUACUCUAACGGAAGUAUCCCACCUCCAGAGAGGCUACCGUCAGCCCCUCCGGCCCAGUACCCUUACCCACAGCCGUACCCACCUCAGGCUGGGUACCCAGCCCCGCCCCCACCGGCGGCGUACCCUACUCCACCAGUGGUUCAGUCCACGACGUACGUGAUGGAGCCCCCUGUACAGAGGGUCGUCGUGAAGGAGAGACCUGCUUACGGCGGCGGGAUUCUGGGUGGCUUGGCUGCCGGUGCGGCUUUCGGUGCAGCUGCUCGAGCCUUUGAGCACGAUCAUCACCACCAUCACCACGGAUUUGAGCACCAUCACGGAUUUGGGCACCAUCACGGAUUUGGGCACCAUCACGGACACCACCACCACCACCACCACUAGCAGGCCUAUACACCGGACCUGACAGACGACUCGGAAGCCUAUAUAAAAUAUAUACGCACCUUUUGGUGUUGUUAAAUGGCUCAUAUGUUGACGUGUAUUACAAUCAAUGGAAUGAGUGCCACAUCACAGGAUGCGAACGUCAAAAACGUCAAUAUUCAACUAUUUUCACAAGCCAAGACGAGCUGUUCUUUUAGCAAUACCAUCAUUCUUAGCAUAAGCUGAGAAAAGGGGUUGAAAUACGUCUUUUGGAGACAUUCACCAUCAGGGAUUUUAUAGAAACAAAAUAAACACAAUUUUUUUCCAAAAUUUAAAAUGCUACGGGGAAACGCGAUUUGUGAUGUUCGAGUUAAUCAACGUCAGACGUAUCAUGACGUAUUGUGCUGUAAGACUGGGCAACAAUGUUAGAAUUAAUUAAGACGAAAUGUCAAGCCUGGAUGUUGUUGGAUUCAAUUUGUUAAAUUAAGUGCAAGCACAUAUUGUUUUUAGAUCUAGGCGUAUAAGACACAUAAGAAAGGCGGUACUACUUGAAAGGCACUGGAAUCCGGUAAUUGUAAUUAUGUAUACUCCUACCCCCUAGUUCAGGUAAUGUGAACACAUUUAUAGACACAUUUAUACGUAUAAAUAUGUAUAUCUCUCAAAUCCACACAUUUAUCUGGCGUAGUAGACAUCUUACAUCUACAUUUGAUGAUAUUUGUAAGCACUACAAAAGUGUAUCUAUACAUUAUCAACUAAAUACUGGUGCUUUGUAUCCGCAUGUAUAUAUAAUCUAAAUUAUUCAUAAAAGAGUUUUAUAUUAUAAAUUAUUAUUAUAUAUUAUAAUUAAAUAUUGUGUAAUAAAUUUACCAAUGAAAGAAACCAUGAAAACAAUUGUUUCACAUAAAACUUUAUUUUAGAGCACCGGUGAACAUAUUGUUUUAUUUAUUUUUAUUGUUGUCUUCAUGUCUU